AGGCCCGGGAAAUCAUUUGCUAAGGCAGCCAUAGACAAUGAUGAGUUGAAAGUCAGGUACGACAAUCUCACGCUGCUUGAGUUCUAAGACAUUUGACCCGACGGAGAAUUUUGUUCUGUGGUAUGUGGCAAAAGAUAAACAGAAUAAGGAAGAAAUCCAAACACUUCAGCCUUCAGUGUUCCUGAGAGUUUCUGGGGAGGAGUUACAGAAGAUAAUUCUCAAUCCACAGGUGAAGCCAAUUUGACAAAUUGGUACAUUAAUCCUAGGAAAAAACAAAAACAACCCUCCCAGCAUCCACACCCAGAGGCCAUCAUGGCCGGCAAUCAUCCAGGCAGCUUUCACAAGAGGCUUCAGCCCACCAGCCAGCUCCAUUUUCAGGGCCAAGAAAAGGACCCAGCAUUUCUGAGACCUGAGAUGCCAUCAGUCAACUCAAGAACUUGGAGACAGGACCCCGGAGUGGCACAAAAUGCCGGUCAAUCACAAGGUGAAGCCAAUUUGACAAAUUGGUACAUUAAUCCUAGGAAAAAACAAAAACAAGCCCCCCAGCAUCCACACCCAGAGGCCAUCAUGCCCAGCAAUCAUCCAGGCAGCUUUCACAAGAGGCCUCAGCCGACCAGCCAGCUCCAUUUUCAGGGCCAAGAAAAGGACCCAGCAUUUAUGAGACCUGAGAUGCCAUCAAUCAACUCCUCAAGAACUGGGAGACAAGACCCCGGAGUAGCACAAAAUGCCGGUCAAUCACAAGGUGUUCCGAGAAGCUCAAAUAACAAGACUGCUCUUAGAAAGCGCCCAGUUUAUCCCUCUGCGGCUGAGAUCCACGAAAUGACAUAUGAACAAGUUGUAAGCUCCAUCCUCCAGUUUCUUGGGAACGAUCCACAUUACGUGGCAUCUGUGGACCCCAAACAACAAAAACCGUCAAAAUCAUCCAAGGGGACACAGAAUCGCAAGCUCCAAGAGACAAUGACUCAGGUUCCCAAGAAGAGGACAAAAAACGAAACACAUGAAUGGGAUCUGGAUGACAACUAGAGGAAUCGCUGUGCCUAUCAUACUUGUUAACCUUCUUCCCUGAG